AUGUUUGUCACUCGAAGGGUGCUUGGUAAAGUUGCCUUGGCUAACGGCCCUCUCGCCGCCCCAAAGAACCUUGGUGGUGAUCUCACCCAGCAGAUCGCCCGAUCUGUCGUUUUCGGCAUGGCCUUCGCCACUCCCUUCUACCUGUGGCACUUCUACACCUUCCGAGUCGCCGGUGGUAACGCCUUGAUCGACCGAAUCACCAACACCGACCAGAAGGCCCAGUGGGCUCGAAUUCGAGAGCGAGGUAUCCUCCAUCUUGGUGACGAACACAAGUUCCACGAGCCUGCUUCGUGGCAGUCCGGCUACGAGAAGUUCGCCGAGCAAAAGGCCGAAGAGCGCGAAAUCAUCGAGAACCACAUCAGCACCUACGGCAUCAAGCUCGGCCCCCACGGUUACGAGACGCCCUUCGAUCUCCUCACCGCCUAA